UGAGCCUAGUGUGAGCUAUAUGGAUAAAUCAAAAAUAUAUGCCCUGCUCAUCGUCAUUUGGUAAAUAUAUCUAUGAAUAGCCUACUGCCCACGUGUGUGUGACUACGUGUAUUUUUACACAGUAUUAUAGCCUGGUGUGUGUGUCUGUCUCAGACACAUGCGCUCCCCAACAUGUUGCUCUGAUUUUAUCCUAAAUCCCGCCUACAAUCAGUAUACCUCCUCACGUGGAUUAAACCAUGUUGCCGACUGCACACGUGUUUACGCACGGGAUUGGCCACAGCGCUGCCUGUCUAUGAUAGAAAGUCACUGCUGACCGGGGCAUCACCACUGGGCUAUUACUAUUCAGAUUAGGAGGAGGGUCUAUGCGUAACGCUCAUAAUCAUGGACGCUUUUUGUACGGCUCAGACGGAAUAUUGAACAGACAGGGCGUUCAGGCACGCUGCUGGUUACAGUGUAUCGACUCGAGAACUCAGCGACAACAUUAACCGGUGUUUGAAAUACUUUUGUUACAUUGUUAUUCUGGAUGAGGAUGCCAUACCAAGCAGGAGGUAAAACAUUUUUCUACAGGAUGGUACCCUAGCUAGGACUUGAAACUUGAGGAAAAUAGUUAUCUGCAUGAUUCAAAGAUGCUUUGGUUGGUAUCUGCCUAUAGACAGAACGCUUGUCAGGUCCUAGGGCAGAGAUUGACAAGGCAGAAGGCUUAAGGACAAGGACAGAAUAAAUGGGUGUCUACACACAGGCUACGCCACGUUACAGCAGCUUAUAGCAAACAUGUGAGCCCUUACUCAGUGCUGCUUACUCCAAUUACUCGCUAUUCAAGUCAUGCUGGAUGGGCAGUGUGAUGAGGUAGGCUUGUAUAGCCUUUUUUUUUUUAUGUGGCAACAGCAAACAGCUUAGACCAUUAGGAAGUAAGGAAAUUCUGUCCUAUUUUUCUCCCCACAUUUGUGAUCCAUAAACUGACUGGAAGAUGUAGCCUAAUGAAAAAGUUUGUAUUUGAUGUCCUUAAUCAAUCAAUCUCUUGGGGAAAUUAUUCUGUCAUGUUGGUAUUCCAUCAUAAAUAUCUAUUCUGAUACCCUCAGGUUGAGCUUUAACAGUGGUAACACUGGGGGAUCAUUUAGUUUACAGGUCUGUUAUAUAAAGUAGAACUGGUGUCAUGUAUACGCUGGUGAAGCCUGUAAUGUCGAAAUUCGUUGCUUUUUAGCAAUAAAGAAGCAUUUUUGUCCUCCCAAGAGUGGCUGAAUGUCCAAUUUGUUCUCCAGUUCAUACGCCUCUUUGGACUAUGAGGUCCGUGAUGCCAAAGGAGCAUUUUGGGGAGCAGCCCGAGCGCGUACCCCAGGGCACCUCUAAGAAUGCCAAGGAUAAGAGUAACAGUGCCACUCUGCGGGCAUCCCAGGGUGGCACUCACAGAGACCAGGAGGGUAGGAGAAUGGGCAUGAACGGGAGGAUGUCACGCUCUGACUCAGAGAAGGACUCCGAGAAAGACUCGGGAUACUCCGAGGCUGGUUCGGACUCGGUGCAAAUUGAUCUGGAUGACCAGCGUAGCAGCGUGAGUGAGCCCCACCGGGCCCACAGCAGUAGCAGUUCCCUGCCCCACCGGGCCCACAGCAGUAGCAGUUCCCUGCCCCACCGGGCCCACCGCAGUAGCAGCUCCCUGGGCCACAACAUGCCCCCGUUUGAGGAGCAAAACCCCAUCUACGUCUUCAAGAACCUGGUGGUUAAACCGUCCGGACCAGAGGAACUACUGCACAGACCCCUGGCAUGGGGGGGAGGAUGGGACAGUCUGUCUGGUUUCAAGGCCCCCACCCAGCACCUGCUCAUCCAAAAACCAGGGGUACCCUCCCCCGUCCUUGCCCCCUCCAAUCUGCCAGAUCCCCAGGGCCAGUCCAAGAAAGGGGGCAGUAGAAGCAACAAGAACCAUACCAGCAAGAACUCCUACCUCCCCAUCCUCAACUCCUACCCCCGAAUCGCCCCCCACCCGAGGAAGGAAGGCUUAGAGCAGGGCAGAGAUGGUGCAGGGGCGGUGAAGGAGAGCAGCAGAGAGGGCCAGAGCCGGAGCAAGAGGGUGUGUACAGAGGACAAGAGAGAAACAGUGUCCACCACCACUCAUCUUCGACCACAGCAGCACCACCACCACCAGCGAGAGAGCAGAACCCAAUCCCAUUACAAAGUCAGCAGCAGCCAAAGCUCUUCCCCCCACCUCCCUCACCAUUCCAUGGGUGGCCCUGCAUCCUCCACCCAGCAGGGAUCUCACUGCUGCCACCAACAUGCCAAACCCAGCCCCUCUCCCUCCCGCUCCAAUGGUGUUGGCUCCCCAUCCGUCAUCAGCUCCCAAGCGUCCUCCUCAUCCUCCUCGUCCUCCUCGUCCUCCGCCGACAGCUGGGCCCCAGAGGCCUCGAUAGACCUGUCCGACUGCUUGUCUGACUGCUCGUUGGUGCGUCAGCGGCGCUUCCUCAACACGGCAGAGAUCCUGAGCCAGUCGGGCCUGCUGGCCAUCACGCUGCGCACCAAGGAGCUGCUGCGCCAGAAUGCCGCCACCGAGAAAGAGCUGGCCCAGCUCCGCCAGCACGCCCAGCUCCUCUGUCUGGCAGCCCAGACCGGCCAAGAGGCCACCCAGCAAGGCCCCAACGACAGUCCCAGCCCCAUGGACAAGCUGCUCCAGGCCAUGGCCCAGUCGGGACGCUACCCGAGCCUGGACUGGACCUACUUUAAUGCCAACGGCCACAACCAUCCUGAGAAAGGAGACGAGGCUGAGAAACACAGCAGUAACAACAACAAGCGUUGCCCGUCUCAGAACCCCUUGGCAGCAGCGUCCCAUGACGAUGGCACGUCACCUCCGUCGCCACUUCUCGCCCUGUCUCCUGACCCAGAGGACCGUCCCAAUGUUCUCGCCCUGUCUCCUGACCCAGAGGACCGUCCCAAUGUUCUCGCCAGCCUGCUCUCCAUCUUCCCCUCCCCAGGGUCGGGCCGCUAAGCCCCUGUGUGACCUCAUCAUGCACCCGGAUAGCUCCACCCACCAGGCCUAUUUAUUCUAGCUCCUACGGGGAGGGGCUUCCAUGGGGGACGUUUGACAGAGGUGCACGUGCCACUCUAGGGGGAGAAGCUGAGGAGAGAGGGGAAUGCACUGAACUGUGCAAAACUGUGAAUACACGAUCUUAACUGUAUUACAUCUGAUGGAUCUUUUUUUUUCUUUACUGUUGACUUUACUACCACAGUUAAAUCAAUCAUAAUAUUGCUUAUUUUAUUGAUCAAAUUAGCCAGGGUAUUUCAAUAAUGAGAACAUACAAAUAUGCUUCUUAGGUGACAAUGUAAACAAACAUGAGGGUCCAUGAAUGUAUUAUCCAAUUUAGUACAUUCAAUUCUAGCAAAUCUUAUCUUUAAAUGUAUGAAAUAUAAAUAUUCUGCUAGUGCCCUUUUUAAACAUAGAAAGGUUCCCUCAGUUGUAGUUUGCUUAAAACCCUUGGUAAAACGAUAACAGCACACUAGGAUACAAGGGGCGGACAAGCUUUUCAACAUAAUGGGAAAAUGAACGCAGACCAUUCCAUUAUCAUUUUACUUCAGACGCUCCUUGACCGCCUUAGUGGCGCUGACAGUGUGAAGGCGGUCAUUGACCUCCUCUACCGACCGUAACGGUUGUCUCCCAUUAACCCACUCAUCCCAUGGUCAGUGCUACUGUGCUCUCUGGUCAUUUGAGGGUUAAAGCCAUUCUCAGAAUAAAGAAUGGCCUGCAUGUAGCUUAGUAUAUUGCAGCUCUGAAGUGCUUUAUAUACUGUGGGGCAUGUUCUCUCUUUGUUCAGUCAUAUUACCAGCCAGCACUUGUUUUAGAAGGUUUGGGAUGUCCAUAUUUUGCAAGCUUCGUUGAAUCCAUUCUGUGCCAUGUCAAGGACAUGGGAUGGGAAGAGACUCUGGUGUGACAUGAGACUAGAGUCAGUUAUCAUGGAUACAGACACUUUACUAGAGGCACAUUGGUCAUAAUACCUGAUUGAAUUGUAGUUAGGCUAUACAGUAGUCUGACUAUUUUGAUGUGCAUGGCAGUGGGAUAUCACUGGCUAUUUCUGUUGAAUUUGGUAUGCUCCUUCGAUCCUAUUUGUAAGUGUGUCACCUAAAUUGCAGUAUGAUUGGAUAAUGAUAUUGUGGGUGGGGGUACGGACAUGUAAUAUAUGUUUGUCUGCAGCUUUAUGGUGCAUUAAAGGGGCAAUCUGCAUUUCAAACAACAAUAAAGCAUUCGCCCCGUCACCGAUUUGUUAAAAAGCUGAGGGACGGGGCGGGGCUGAAGAAAUGUAACCACUCUCAAAUUAAUAGGCAGAGUUAUGGAUGAUAGGACUGAACAUCGUUGAGAUCAACAUUAUAGUUUUAACCAUGUUUUGAGGCUAUAUCGUUUUUUUUUUUUCUUUUACAAUUAUAUUGUUUAC